GGUGCAGUGGAUUUCCGCGAUUUUCCGCGUCGAAUGCAGCGCAGCGGUUGCGCACCAGCCACCACUAUGUAAACAAGUGUUUGAUUUAUUUUUAGAUUAUCUCCAUAGCGGCAAUUACGCAAAUAGCGAUAAGUGAGGUUAUGUCACAUCUGGAGUCAUGACUUUCGUGGACGUCCUGCCCAGGAUGCCCAACAAGGCCCUGCACUGCUACCUCCUGAUGAUCAUCUGGAUCCUCCUGCUCGUAGCCGGAGUGUACAAAUUCCUCGAGCCGAAACAGAAGCUCCCCGAGCCCUCCGUGAACGCGGAGCUUUUCCACAACCUCGCCAACGACAUAAAAACGCGCCGCAUCUUCAAAAUAUGCAAUUUCCCGAGCGAAAUGGACGACGGGGACGAAGGUGUGAUCGAGUCGAGGAAGUGGGCCAUGACGGGGCUGAUCGCCCUCAUCCGGCACGGCGACAGGGGGCCCCUGCAGCACGUGCGGAACAUCACGGCGGUGAACUGCGGGACGGAGGAGACGGACAAGUUCGUCUCCUACAAGUCAUAUUUGCACAACCUCACCGCCACCGGCCGCGCCCCCUGGACCGGCCCCGGCCCCUUCCACGACUUCCCCGUCCUCCCGACCCACCCCCAUCAGUGCCAACUGGGCCAACUCACCAUGCAGGGCAUCCACCAACUCCUCAGACUGGGGCAAAUUCUGCGCGAUUCGUACCUUCAAGUGUGGCCCAAACUGGCAACACUGACACCCAGCGAAGUCCUAGUGUACAGCACUAGGUACCGAAGGACUUUCCAAUCGGCGCUGUCUUUCUUAUACGGACUCGUGCCGCACGAAACCCUCACCAAACUCACUAUUUUCGAGAGCCAGUCGAUGAACUUCUGCUUCAAGGACUGCGGCUGUCCCGUCACGGAUAAGUUAUGGAAAGGGGUGAAGAAGUCCAUUUCGCACCAACUGAAGUCGCAUCCGGCGGUGGCGCUCCUGGCGGAGUCCACUGGGAGGUCGCUGUUUUCGCCAGGGGCGGAGCAGGGGGCGCUCGGGGGUGAUCCUCAUGCCGUAAGAGACGCCCUGUUGACGUACGUGUGUCACGGGAGUGGAUUGCCGUGUGAAACACCCUCCAAUUGUAUUAAACGUCAAAACGUCGCUGGUGUCUUCGCCUACACCGACUGGGUGAACUACCAAAAAUGGCGCAACGUCUACUGGAAGCGACUGUGCUUGCUGCGCUCGUACGGUCUAAUCCGCCACAUCGUCCAGCAGAUGUUGCACAUGGUGUCCAGUAACGGCCCCUUCCUGGUGCUCUACUCGGGUCACGACCACACCGUGGAGCAGCUCACCACAGCACUCGGGCUCCAAAACGAUCCGCUUCUUCUGCGCUACGGCGCUCGGAUCGUCUUCGAGGUGUACCAGAACCACGAGCAGUCUCACAACGGGGCCAAAGGUAUCUAUUUUCGGUUAUUAACCAACGGGAGGGACGUCACCCGACAGGUGAGUUUCUGCAAAGACGUGGUUUUCUUGGAAAAUAAGGUCAGCCUGUGCAAGAUCGAGGACAUUGUCAGGUUCAUACACGACGACUACUUCGUUUCGUUGAACGUGACGAACUUUAAAGAUGCGUGUAGUAAGAGCGAGUAGGACUGUGAUUUUUCGUUGGUUAGGUUUUUAAGACUGUGAUUAUAGACUGAUUGUUUUGUUUGUGGUGGUUUUCGGACAGGGGGCGCCACUGUUGAUGUUCGCAUUCCGUAUUUUUAUCGAAAGUAUCGAAAGUUGUUUAUUUUUUGAUUUUUGUUUUGGUGGUUUCGAUCAGUAUUGUUAUUAUUAUUGCCGACUAAGAUCUAACCGGGGUAUUUAAUCUAUUGUGCUAACCUCAAAAAAUUGGGUAACUAGCGUUCUCUGCUGUAAUUAUGCACCCUUGAAACUGACAUUGUGGCUCUUAGAUCAGGAUUUAAGGGAAUCUGUAAUACCGGCUGAAUGUAUUAACUACUAACAUGAAGAAAAUAGGCGGCGGCGAAGAUAAGACUGAUUUUAGCAAAUGAUAUAUCUUCUAAGAAAAUAGAGGGCGGGUGGGCGGGGCAAGUACUUCCUAAGAUAUUUGUACAUAGUAGAAAAAAAAUCAAAACUAUAAAACAACAUUUUGCAAUUUAAUUUUGAAUCUGCAAAACCGAAUGUUUUGAAUUCUUGCAGAUGU